AUGGGGGAGGGGGGGGGGGGGGGGGGGGCUCUGACUGAGGCUCUGACUGAGGCUCUGACAGAGCCUCAGUCAGAGCCUCAGUCAGAGCCUCAGUCAGAGCCUCCACUAGAGCCUCAGUCAGAGCCUCAGUCAGAGCCUCCACUAGAGCCUCAGUCAGAGCCUCAGUCAGAGCCUCAGUCAGAGCCUCCACUAGAGCCUCAGUCAGAGCCUCAGUCAGAGCCUCAGUCAGAGAGCCUCCACUAG